GUUAUUAUUUGUUAGAGUUUAGCGACUGUUGGUCGUAGUCGUAUGUCUCGCGUUUAGUUAUCUAAGUUAGAUAAUAUUUUAGUGAUUAGGUAUUGAUUAGUUUAGUGAUUAAAUUUGAUGUAUUAAGAGUGUAUCUGAUCAUUUUACUGUGGAGUUUGCACGGAAAAUGAUCGCGCUACUCCUCCUCGUCCUAGCUUUAUCCUCCCACAAUGAAGCAGCCAACAUCCUGUACGCCAUCCCGUUCACGUCCAAAUCCCACAACAUAAUGCUGCGGCCUAUAGGCUUGGAGCUGGCGCGCCGAGGGCACAACGUCACCAUGAUCACUGGCUACGAGGAGUUCGACACUCCGCCCAACUUCCACCAGGUCGUCGCUGAUAAUACCACUAUUUGGGAGGCCACUGGCACCGGCCGACCGAACGUGUUCACCACAGUGGACAACUCACCCGAAGAGUUCCACCAUCAGCUGCUAUGGAAAGGAAACCUGGCCCAGACCGAGAUCUCACUCAAGUCACCAGAAGUGCAAAAGUUCCUUCAGAAAGACAACCAAUACGACUUGGUCAUAAGCGAGUUAUUCUUCCAAGAAGCCACGUACAUGCUCGCACACAAAUACAAUGCACCCCUCAUUCUAGUGACCACCUACGGGAAUUGUAUGAAGCAUAACAUGCUGGUCAGAAACCCGUUACAACUGGCUUCGGUAUUACCAGAGUUCAUCAAAGUAGAAGAGCCGAGUUCAUUCUGGGGCCGUCUGCGGUCGUUAUACUUCACUUGCUACGAUUACGUUUGGUGGCGCUACUGGUAUUUGAACAAGCAAGCUGAGCUGGCCAAGAAGUACAUUCCGAAUUUGAAAGAGCCAAUGCCGAGCCUGAUCGAGAUGCAAAGGAAUGCGUCGCUGGUAUUGGUCAAUAGCCAUUUUACGUUCGAUGGACCGAUGGCUCUAUUGCCGAACAUUAUCGAGGUGGGAGGACUGCACUUCAAGGAAAGCACUAAACCGUUGCCGAAGGACCUGCAAAAAGCCAUGGACAGUGCGAAGCAUGGCGUCGUCUACAUGAACUUCGGUUCUAACGUCAGAAGCUCCGAGUUAUCCAAGGAGAAGAAGGAUGCAUUCCUCAAAGUGUUCGGCCAAUUGAAACAAACAGUAUUGUGGAAAUGGGAGGAGGAUGAUUUGCCUAACAAACCCGAUAACGUGAUUAUCAAGAAAUGGAUGCCGCAGAAGGAUAUUCUUUCACAUCCCAACGUCAAAGUGUUCAUAGCGCACGGCGGCCUAAUCGGCAUGCAGGAGGCCAUCUACCACGGCGUGCCCGUGCUAGGAGUACCCAUCUACGGGGACCAGUACAACAACCUGCUCACAGCCAAGCAGCAGGGCUUCGGCAACAUCCUCGACUACCACGACAUCAACGAGCAAAACAUCGCCGCUCUCCUCCACGACAUGCUGAAAGACCGCUCCUACAAAGAUAAAGCCGAGGAAAUAUCACGCAGGUUCCUAGACAGACCCGUAAGUGCUCUGGAUACGGCCAUGUUUUGGAUUGAAUAUGUAAUACGGCAUAAAGGAGCGGAGUUUAUAAAGAACCCGGCGGCUCGGCUGAGCUGGAUCGAGUACAAUAUGCUGGAUGUGUACGCCUUUGUUCUCGCCAUUGCCGCCGCGGCUGUUCUAGCUAUAGUCAAAGUCGCUGUGGGACUGCAGAAAGUUUUCACACUCAGCAAGAUUGAUUCGCGGAAGAAGAAACAUCAUUAAUUUUAAAAAUAAUUUCAAAUAGCUUUAAUUGAAUAUUGAAUGGUUUGUUGAGAAAAAAAAAUGUUUUUAAUAAAAAGGAGGUAACAAACAA